GGAUAAAAAACAAACAACCGCCUGUGCUUUUUUUCAGCGCCACAGUGGGGCAAAGCUCUAUUUUCGCUUGAAAUCUCUAGAUAUCAGUAUGAAAAAAGUGUGAAUGAUAAACAGGAUAAAUAUAGUUGAACAAAAAAUGUUGAAUAAAUGGCAACAGCAGCAGAAGGCCCAUGAGGCAGCCCUGAUGCAGCUCAACGAGCAACUCCAGAUGAACCUGCUGCAGCAGUCGCAGCUCAUUCAGGACAAGAAGACCAACGGGAAGCAGACCCAGCAGACACUGCAGCAGCUGGGGAUGCAGCAACAGACAAUAGUCUCCCAGAUACAGCAGAUACAGCUACAACAACGACAGCUUCUCCUUGCAUGCCUCAUGCAGCCGUUCUCAGCUCAACACGGGAUGGGGUCACCUGUUGAAGGUCAAGGCUUACUGGAAGGAGACGGGCUCCCAGGGCGACAAUGAGGAUAUCAAGCCCAACCUCAAUGGGUUCUCCUCCAUGAACGGAGCUGCUGUAUUCCCCAUGAACCAGCUACUUCAGGGCUCCUUGAUGGGGCUGAAUGGGCUCUCCCCAGAGACAGGCUUCCCGUUUAUGGGAUCGUUACUAGGACAGCUUGGUGGGAAGAUGGAAGAGGGCAAUCCCCUCUACAAGCACGGUGUCUGCAAGUGGCCAGGCUGUGAUACAAGCUGCACUGACAUGAAAGCUUUUACCAAACACCUGACUUCUGAGCACAUUCUGGAUGACAGGAACACCGCCCAGGCUCGAGUCCAGAUGCAGAUUGUGUCUCAGCUCGAAAUACAGUUGACGAGGGAGAAGGAGCUCCUGCAGGCCAUGAUGCAGCACCUGCACAUGCAGCCUCACAGGCCUGAGGCAAAGAUGCGUGAGCCCUCACCACCAAAACACAAACAUUUGCCUUGUGUUCCCAUCCCAUCCAGUAGCCACUCUACCCACAAACCUGUGAUCUCAUCCCUACCCCUAAUGUCCCAGAAAAUGGGCCCGAAAACCCCCUUACUGAGCCCCUCAGUGUCGACCGGACUACCUCUCCUAAUACUUCCCCCUCAGAGCCCUUUGUCCUCGACACCUGUCAAUCAACACUCAUCUUCCCAGCCUACCACGCCCACUAGCGCUGGGCUCGGACCAAUGAGAAGGCGUGUCUCUGACAAGUGUAACCUUCCAAUAUCAGCCGAAAUCCAAAGAAAUCGUGAUUUUUACAAGAACACAGAUGUGAGGCCACCAUUUACAUAUGCUUCUUUAAUUAGACAGGCAAUAAUUGAGUCUGAGAACAGGCAGUUGACAUUGAACGAGGUGUACCAGUGGUUUCAAAACACGUUUGCAUACUUCCGACGUAAUGAGGCCACAUGGAAGAAUGCAGUGCGUCACAACCUGAGUUUGCACAAGUGCUUUAUGCGGGUGGAGAACGUGAAGGGCGCAGUCUGGACCGUGGAUGAGGCGGAGUUCUACAAACGACGACCGCAGAAACUCACUGGAGCUGUUUCCAACAACGUCUCGUUUGGAAAUGAUGGAGGGAUUUACAGCGACGCACUUAAUGCCAGCAUACGGGCCGCCAUGGAGUCUGGUGGCAGUAUAAUGGGUCAGCAGAUGACCAAUGGCUAUCUGUCCGAGGGUGUAGAGGACCUCUCAAUGAAGAGUUACAACAGCAGCGCCAGCUCUCUAAGCAAGCCAGGAUCACCUAACAGGGAAGAGACCUAUUACUCGCAGGGGGACAUGUUCAGUUACCAAGGAGACGACAUGAUGGAGGGUGAGGACUCAAACCAGGGACUCGACCUGAGUCCCCAGUCCAGCCGUAGAACCAGCCUAGCUACAACGAGCUCAAGAAGUCCGCAGGCGGAGUCCAUGAACGGCGAACCUGGACUGGUCUCUAGCGGGUAUCGUUUGGGGAUAGUAGAGAAAGAGUGUGAGCCCAGACUGGUUGCAGGAGGAUAUCGUCUGGGAGGCGGUGAGAAGAGUAAUAAAACUGGACUGGUUUUUGCUGGUGGUUAUCAUCAGGGGAUCAGUGAAAAAAAUGGUGAUUCUAGACUGGUUGCUGGUAUGUACCAAAAAGGGGUUGACAUGAAAGAGGAGACAAAUUAUGAAAUUGAGAAUUCGGAAGAAUCUGUUGGACAAAACCAGGCUGAGAAGCUGAAUCUGUGUGCUAAACCGGGUCCAAAUAAUCAGAUAGAGGCUCUGAACAUGAAAGUGGACAUCAAGGAAGAAAGAGGUGUGAAUGGUAGGAUGAUGGAUGAUGCAUGUGAAAAUGUGGUGGAGAAUGGAGUUGACAGGACCGGGAGCCGGGAGCUGGGACCCAGUAAAUCAGAAUGCCAGACUACUGGGGAACAGAAUGACUUUGACCUUUCUAUGGCUUAUUGCCAUAACAACCAGAUACCUGUUGUCUCACAUUCCAUGACCUAGCCAAUGAGGAUUGUUAUAGAUCUUAAUUAGUUUUUUUCUUUUUUGAUUUUCAUUUUUUACUUUUACCCAUACUUGUCUCCUAGAGAUCUUCAUGCUGUCAUAGAAUAUGUUGAUAUUUUCCAAAUGUGCUAUCACCAUAUUAAUGUAUAUAUUAUUUAGAAUGGCAUUUUUUGAAUGUAUUGUAUGGUUGUUUAUCUUAGUUUUAUUGUAUAAUAAUAUGUGUCUUGUUCUGAGAAAACUGGGCAUAAUGCAUGUGCGUAAGGUGUCGUCCAUGAUUAGCCUGUGCAGUCAGCACAGGCUAAUCAGGGACGACACUUUCCGCUUUAAGUAGAUUUUCUGUAAAAAGGGACUUCCUUUAAACGAAAAAUUGCACAGGCUAAUCAGGGACGACACAUUACGCACAUGCUUUAAACCCCAUUUUCACAGAGCAAGGCCCAUAUAGUUUCAAGAUUGUGAAAUUGUGUGUAAGCAGUUGUUUUGAUGAGUUUAGCUUAUACAGAAUACUGUUAACUAGUACUGGACACAGGUUGUACCAUAAUAAAAAAUCAUGUAAGCAGUUAUGAUACGCUAUUUGAUUAAGAUAUAUAAAUAUCUAGUGCCUGGUUUUUAUGUGGGAUAUAUAAAACUGUUAGCACUUAUUGACGGUUGUAAUAAUUUAUGUGUUAAUGAAUUGUCAGACUAAUGAUUUUUGUUAUAGGUAUUUACUUUUUAUUCAAAAUUAUUACUUAUUCAGUUCAGCUUAAGCCAAACCACUAUUUACUGAUGGUAUUUCAUGUUCUCUUUUGGGGAAAAAAUCCAAUUGACAGAAUUUUUAAUUGUGUAACCAGUAAAUGAUAAUCUUGAAUGAGAAACCACACUAUGCAUAUACCAACCUUGUAAUUGUGGAUCUUUAUAUCGGAUGACACACUUAACAUAGAUUCAAGAUCUUAAUAUAUGUAGUUACAAAUAGAAACUCCUUGAUUGGUUUUUAACAAACACCUUCCUAUUCAGGCAUUUAAAAAAAAAUUAUGGUAUUCCCAAGUAAUCACUGAAGAAUAAAGACUUAAACAAUGUCAAAUAUAAAUUUGUUAUGACAUUUUAAGAUUUUACACUCAAUAAAUGGUUGGACCAGAUUUUGAUGAAUCAAAGUAAACCCUAGGAAUCGUUCACUCACCAUGACAAGCGAGCGAGUGGAAUUUUACACCCCUGAAAUGUAAUAAAACAUGUUUUGUGUUACUAUAAAAUUAACUUUUUCUGAAUGUGCUUCUUAAAUAAUGUAUGCACACAAGGUUUUUAUACCUCUACAUGGUUGUCAUUUGGACCCGUUACAGAUGAUAUCCAUCAGUUGCAGUCUGAGGUAUAUCAGGCUUUCCUUGUUUUUAGGAACCUUCAAUAUUUUUAUCGAAGGGGACUAACAUUCUCUUAGGCUGAUCAUAAGUAUUGGAUAAAAAAUUGCUUGUUUCAUUGGAUAACUUUAAACUGCCUAUGUAUUAUAUGAUGAACGACUUUUCUGUUGCCUGUUUUGUUGACAGAAAAAACAAUUAAAAAACAGGGUACAUUUUAUUAAAAUUAUUUUGACAUUUUAUGCCAUCAAUUAAUUUUGUAUUCAUUAUUUUUAGGUUAAAUUGUGUGCAAAAAUGGGGAGAAAAUUAGUUAUUUGACUGUUUUUUGGAAGUGAAAUCAAAAUGUGUACAGUUUCAUAAGUCUAAUGUUUGUUUAGUUAUCUGGUACUUAUGCUAUAGACCAUUUGAACCUUUUUCUAGUAAAACAGUGCGUAAUGAAUAUGCGUAAAAUGUUGUCCCAGAUAAGCCUGUUCAGUCCAGACAGGCUUAUCAGGCACAUUACUUUCUCUGUUUUUAAAUUUUAUGUAAAUGUGUGUUUAAAGGACAUUUAUUCUAAACUAAAAUCCAGUCUAGGUGGAAAGUGUUGUCCCUGAUUAGCCUGUGCAUAAUGCCCAGCCUGUGCAAAAUGCCGAGGCUAAUCUGGGACAACACUAUUAGUACAUAUUAGUACAUGCAAUAAGCUCUUUUUUCAGAGCUUAGCUUGUAUGUGUCCAUCCUUUGUCACUUAUUACUCCAUGCUCAUUUUAAAGGGUAAAUAUUUGUGUUUUUUAUGUUUUUAUCAUUAUUACAUGGUUAUUACAGUAAUUUUUAUAUCCUUUAAACGUUUUUGUUUAUUAGAAAAUUUUCCUAUACACCAAAAUAAAGCUGAAGGCUUGUCAAUGAAAAACUACAUAAUUAUUCAGGUUUUAUUAAAAAAAGGAAAAAGUUACAUUUUUAGAAAGAAGACAAUCAAAGACACAAUAUAAACAUGUUUUUUAGUUUUCUUUGAGAUAUUCUUUACUUGACAAUCUUCAGUGCAAUGUAUGGCAAUAUUUAAAACACAAAUUAAAUUAACUUACCAGAAAUAUUUCAAAGAUUUAAAUUUGUGUUAAAUUUAUUGUGUUAAUGCAAUAAAUGUUCAUGUUUAUCAGACACAUGACAUAGUUUUCAGUUUGGUUUCUGAAUUUUCUAGAUGCAUACAAGUACCUAUUUCAUGUAUACAAAUGACUUAUUUAAAUAGUGUUUUGAACACUGUAUUUUGCAUAAUACAACAUGUAGUGCUUAAUUAGUUGGGCAUUGUUUUAAUUUGUUAGCUCACCUGAGCACAACGUGCUCAUGGUGAGCUUUUGUGAUCGCCUUUUGUCCGUCGUCCGUCGUGAGUUGUCCGUUGUGCGACAUCAACAUUUGCCUUGUUCACUCUCUAGAGGCCACAUUUAUUGUCCAAUCUUCAUGAAAUUUGGUCAGAAGAUUGGUUUUAAUGAUAUCUUGGAUGAGUUUGAAAAUUGUUACAUUUGCUUGAAAAACAUGGCUGCCAAGGGGCGGGGCAUUUUUCCUUAUAUGGCUAUAUAUGGCUAUAGCAAAAUCUUGUUAACACUCUAGUUUUUGUUUUAUUAUUUGUUCUGACAAUGAAGCAAACUAUCAAUGCAGUUUGUGCCUCUUGUUUUUUUGUUGUUAAUGCAUACCUGAAAAAAGAUUUACUUUCAUGUACUGUAGAAUCAUUUAUAUUCAUGCCCAUGAAAUUUUGUGUUGUUUUUUUUCUUCAAAAAAAAUGACUUUCUUGGAUUUUUUAUUAAAAAGAAAACAAAUGACGACUUUGCAUCAGCCAUUUUUCUAUGUUUUUGUGUAGCGUUCUGAUAAAACAUGGCAUAAUACAUGUGCAUAAAGUGUCGUCCCUGAUUAGCCUGUGCAAUCCGCACAGGCUAAUCAGGGACGACACUUUCCGCCAAAAUUGGAUUAUUGCUAAGAAGAGACUUCAUUUAAACGAACAAUGUCAUAAAAGCGGAAAGUGUUGUCCCUGAUUAGCCUGUGCAGAUUGCACAGGCUAAUCUGGGACGACACUUAACGCGCAUGCAUUAUGCCCAGUUUGCUCAGAACUUGACCCAUUUGUGUUUAAUUUGUUGAUUAGUCAACUCUGAAAUCAACGAAAAUUAAGGUCUAUUGAAUAAAAAUGACUAUAGUAAUGUAUAUAAGAUUAAAGAUACUUUUGCUUGUUGUACAGAAACUUUAGGCUGCUAAUUAAGCAAAUUGCACAUUAGUUAUGUGUAUUCUUUUUGCCUGACGAGUUAUUGUUCAUUACUAUUUAUUAGGGUAGAGUUUUAGUUUUAUUCAUUACUUUAUUUAUAAUAUUGAAAGUCAUCCUCCAAUCAAAAUGUUUGCACAAUCAUGUUUUGUUAUCUGUCUAAAUAUCAUUACUUGUUCAGUUAAUAUUGGCAACAAGUGCUUUUAUAUUUUGUUUUGGACAAUGUUCUUUUUGAAUGCUUUUUAAAUAUUUAGGUUAAAAAUAGUGCUUUUUUUUAUUGAUUUUCUGAUCUGGCUUUAGUUGUAUGUUUUACAUAAAUAAAUGAUUGAACAUUAUUCACACAUCAAUAAUCAUGUUUGGAGUAAAAGCUUGAAAAUUUGAACUAAUGACUGUACUAUGUGGCAUGAAUAGAAGGGAGACAACUUCUAAGAAAACAAGUUUUCAUCAAAACUGCUUCACUCCCUUGAACAAAUUAAUGUCUUAUCUACCCCUUGAUUGUGUAGUGUUUUUUUCUGAUUUCAUCACUGACUUUCUGGAUGUAUUCAUUUUCGCCAGUUUUUCUUCCACUUUAUUGUGUGUUGUCUCAUAUGCUAACUUAUUUUACUAUUUUCAUUUUAAUCAGUUUUGUUUUUCAUUUCAUUUUGUUGUUUCAUACAGUUAUUAAUUUCACUCUACGCAUAAUCUAUUAACAGAAUGAUUCAUUCAGGGACCAUUUUUUUAAGCAUCUAAUGGGCAGUCAUUUUCUACCUAAUAUAUGAGCCGUCUGCACAGGCUAAUCUGGGACAACACUUUCUGCCUAUACUGGAUUUUGCCAGAUCAGGGUAAAGUGUUGUCCCUAAUUAUCAUGUUCAGACAGGCUAAUCUUGAACAACACUUUAAGCACAUGCAGUAAGCGCCUUUUUCCAGAACAAGGCCCAUAUAAGGAAGACUAUAUUUACUGUGUCAAAGUCAAUAUCUUAGAUAAUAUAUUUAAUAAUAUUUUGAAUCAUGUUCGGAAUAAACAUGUUUAAUAAAUAUAUUUAAAUAAAACAUAAAUUGCAUGUAGAUUUGUUAUAAUGGUAUGAGUUUAUCUUUGUUUUACAUUUUCAUAGCACUCUUGUCUAAAAGAUAGACACUUUAAUCUUUUAGUAGAUGUUCAAAGUACUCUAAUUUGAGUGAUUAUUAUGUAUUUAUGAGAACCAUUCAAGAAAAUGCAACUUUUACAAUAGUACUAUACAUAACAGGGUUACUUUUUAUGUUUUGCACUCACAAUGUGUUUCAUUUGUUACUAUGUUCUUUGUUUUUCUGUCUCUAGUCAAACAAAAUGUGGUUCUUGUUCAAUUGUUGCUCAUUACCCAAAAAGCCCAAGUUUGUUCAAAGUAUUUUUUUUUCUUCAUCUCUAUGAAAUAUUUUUGGUGUUAUUUCUUCAUUACUUAUCAUCAUUUUUUGUGUUUUUGAUGUUGUCGGAAAUAGAGCCAAAAACAAUGUCAUUAAUAACUCCUUUCAUAAAUAAAACAUCAGAAAAUGAUAUGUAUGCUCAGCUUCAAUCCAAACACAAUGUUGUUACACUUUGAAAAUGUAUUCAGAUCUCAAAGCACAAAUGUUUUCUAAAACUAAUACUGUAACUAAAUAAAUCUUAUUGAAUUUGCAUAGGGUCGGAAAUCAUGUUCUGUUAAGAUUUAAGUUUAUGUUUAUUUCAAACAGUUUAAUGGGGUACCGUUAGGCUUUUAUUGAAAAUAUGUAUCCAAGUCUUGUUAUACUAUACAUCUUCACUGCUGUCAAGCAGGUUGUACGUCUCAUUGUUUGUAGUGAACAGUUGAGGUUGGUCAGUUUCUGCUUAAACUGCUUUUCCCUCAAAAGAGACAUCCUUUAAGAGGGAAACGCAACAAAAGCGGAAAGUGUCGUCCCUGAUAUGCCUGUGCAUUCUGUGCUUAUCAGGGGCAACACUUUAUGUACAUUAAUAAGUCACAUUUUCUCAGAUAAAGGAUUAUGAUCAUUACUUUCCUUAACCAGGGUGUUAACAUUCGUACAAAAUCAUACAUAUUAGUACAUUCAUACCUGUGUAUUUAUUUUGCUGCGCUCCAUUUUGCCUCAGACUGUGAAAUCACUCAUGCUUGAGAGUUACCAAUCAGGGUUACAUGGUAUAUGGUCAGGAAUCAAAGAUUAUUUGUUUAUGUUUAGGGUUUGUUCAUAAUGCGCUCAGGUGCACAUCUUUAUAUUGUCUUGUUUUACCGUCAGGAUUUAUUUUGUUAAUUGGAAAUAUGUGAGACCAUGACACCAUUUUCAUAUGAAUGGAUACUUGAUAGUAGAAUUCAUUGUUUACAUUGCAUGUAUAUGUACCUAUAGAAUAAAUUAAAUGGUUUGUUUGCUGCUUGCACAAGUGUAAGGAUGUGUAUGACAUGUAUCAUUACCUAACUGAAUAGAUCUGGUAAAACUGACACUAUUUAUAAGGCUUUAUUUUCAAUUCAAGUUCAGAUUGUGUAAUGAAUUAAAUAAAAAAUAUUGUUUAAAUAGCAGCUAAAAGAUUUUAGAGCCGUAAGUAUUAAUGAUAAUUACAAAAUCCUUAUACAAUAUAAAAGUAGGGUAUUAUUUGAGCCGCAUCAUGCUAAAAAUAGGUAUUAUGCCAUACACGGCCAGCGUAACUCCAAACAAGCCUGCGCAUUGUCGCUGUCUGGUCAGGAGCUUCCAUGUGGGCUAUAAAGACACAAACAAUUUCGUGGUCUCACCAGCAUUAUUACUCCUGAUCAGUGUACUCAGUUGCAGAGGAUUAUAAUUCGCCCUAUUGAUGCAAAAAGGUACCAUGUGCCAUUUAAUUUUAAUGUAACAUGGUACCUUUUUGCACCAAUGGGGUGAUAUGGAUCUACACGGCACAGAUAUGUUAUAAGGCCCAUCAUGGCAUCGGGCUGCUCAUAUUUGGAGCUACACGGCACGGAUAUGUUAUAAGGCCCAUCAUGGCAUCGGGCCACAUGCACAAUGUGGAUCAUAUCGGGAGCUACAUGACUUGAUUAUACCAUAAGGCUGAUUUUGCAGCUCAAUUUUUAUCCUCCAAUUGUUCUAUAAAAGCAUUAUCAUCAUUAACUUUGCCUUGUUUUGAAUAGGUUUUAUUUACUGACAUUCUGUUAUUGUAUGUUUGAGAUGAAUUGAGAACACUUUUUAUUGUUGUUACUGUUUUAUCAGGAUCACUUUAUCAGGAUAGAAGGUUGUUUAGUGUUUGUUUGCCUAUAAGGUAUUGCUAUAAAUAUUAACAGGGCAGAUUUUGCUGUCAUUGGUCAGCUAGUUACUCAUGUAUGUAUUAAACGAUUGAUGUUUAAUCCUGAAAUCAUAACAUAACAUCCCCUUGAUGACAAUUGCGGAAUUAAAGAAAUUCCCAGAGAAA